CGCUCUGCACAAGCCCCGCCCCCUAUCUCGCGAGAGCUGGGAAGCGGAAAAUGGCGUCGACGUGAGCACGAGCCCGCGGCCGCCCAGGGAGUCGCUGCAGCCUCAGCCGGAGCCGCAGGAGCCGCAGGAACAAGAGGCUGAGCCGGGUCGAGGAUGGAGGAGGAACCCUCGGGGCCCAGCCCGGACAUGCCGGCCCCUGCAGAGCCCAGCUUCAGUGAGACUGACAAGGAGGUGUUGUCCCCAGUUGCGGGGGCAGCAGCCACUUCCUCUUCCAUGGGGGAGGAGCCAGGCCCUGAACGGGCAUCCACACCCCCAUCGUGGGACCGAGGAGGGCCUGGGGGGACCCAGCAGGGUGCCCCCUCAGCCCCAGACAGUGUUCAGCCUGGUCCUGGAUCCAGCCUUGGCCCGACCAGCACAGUCCCUGGGACCAGCGAGGACAUGAGGCCUCCCAGACGACGCCAACAACCAGGGAAGCAGAUACCCUGCUCCAGCCCUGGCUGCUGUCUCAGUUUCCCCAGUGUUCGAGACCUGGCACAGCAUCUGCGUACCCACUGCCCACCCACACAGUCCCUGGAAGGCAAGCUCUUCCGCUGUUCCGCCCUGAGCUGCACCGAGACCUUCCCCAGCAUGCAGGAACUGGUGGCACAUGGCAAACUGCACUACAAACCCAACCGCUACUUCAAGUGUGAGAACUGCCUCCUGCGCUUCCGCACGCACCGCUCGCUCUUCAAGCACCUGCAUGUUUGCGCCGAGCAUGCGCAGAGCCCAGCCCCGCCGCCACCCCCCGCCUUGGACAAGGAGCCACCGGCGCCUGAGCGUCCCCCGGAGUCCGACACUGCGUCGGCGCCUGGCCUGCAGUUCCCGCUGCUCGAGCCCUUCACGACCCCCGCCCCUGCCCCCACCGGGCCCUUCCUGCCCUACUUGAACCCCGCGCCCUUUGGCCUAAGCCCCCCACGCCUGCGCCCUUUCCUGGCUGCGGCGCCCGGGCCGCCCGCCUCCAGCGCCGCAGUCUGGAAAAAGAGCCAAGGUGCCGGCGGCAGCCCGCGAAGACCCCAGGGCGGCUCCGACGCGCCCUCAGGAGGGAACACGCUCGGGAGCAAUGGAUCAGCCAGGCCAGACCAGCCAGGGCACGCGGCCCCGAGCCGCAUCGUGUGGGAGCACACGCGCGGCCGCUACUCGUGCAUGCAGUGCGCCUUCUCCACGGCCUCGCGGCCCGCCAUGACACUGCAUCUGGAGGACCACCGCCCCAUCGCCUCCGCGGCCCCGGGGCCCGGGCAGCCGCGCCCCGACGCGCGGGCGGGUAAGGCGGAGGAGCGCUCGAGUGGGGAGGGCGGGGCGCCCGAGGCGAGGGGCGGGGCCGAGGCUCAGGCGACCCCUCCUCUGCCCCACCCAGACCCGGUCCCGCUUGCACCCAAGGUGUCUCCGCUGCUGUCAGAGGGGGAGUGUCCGGUUUUCUCGCCGUUCUGAAUCCCGCCGCGGUGGGGAGAGGGGGGUCGGACUGUAGGAUGGGGGUAGUUUUGUAAUUAACGGGGCAGGGGAGAGGGAACAAUAAAGGACGCGCGA